AUGGUCCAAUAUAAGACUGUUCUAGAAUCUUUCGAGGAAUCACAGGACGACGACGAUCUCAAUACAACACCACAAGUUGAAUCUGCAGGCCGGGACAAUCAAGCUUUUCGGACGAAUUUGGAAGACGAAGCCUUCACAGAAGAAGUGCCACUUUCUACAGAUGACGUGCAAAAGCCAAUCCCAAAUACUGACGAACAGCCAAAACAGAUGGCCUUUACCGACACAACAGAAUCAGACAAGAUGAAGCCUGAAGAAAAGCCUGUUUCGGACAGAGUGCAUACACCAGAAGACACUGUGUUCUCAAUGAUAGAAUUACCGGACGAGAAAGAUGAUACGAAUAUCGAAGACGUCGUAGAAGAGUCAGAGACUGACUUGGAGAUUGAUAACAAUGGUUGGAGCGUUGUUUCAGAAAAUGAAACAGCACCAGCUGGUGACACGGCUAUGAAAGGAAAUACAGACGAAGAGGAGGCGGGAAAGAACACGACUAUCACUGAAAUAUCAGCACCAGAUGACAAUACUGCUGCAGCUGAAACAGCACAACCUGCUGAAGCUACAGUGUUAGAAAAGACAGAAAUGGAGACCGCUCCUGAAACACUUGCAUCGGACGAAACAUUUCUAAGCGACAAUCAGAUACUAAAAGACACGACUGUCACAAAAACGACUACAUCAGAUGAUCCUCCUGAGAAGAAUCUCUCAGAGUUCGCAGAGAAGCCAGUAGAUGGAACUGAAACCGAACCAGCACGGUCUAGCGAUGCUGCGAUGUUAGAAUGUAUAGACGUAAAACUGGUGUGGAAAGGUGCCACCAGUGGUGACGUUGUGCUCCAAGGAUCCUGGGACGGAUGGAGGCGGGCCUACAAACUCAACAAGAGUGAUCAGGGAGAGUACAGUAUGUCACUGAAGCUACCGUUCGGUCAGCACGAGUAUAAGUUUCGAGUCGGGAAGAGCUGGAUCGAAGACGAAACUAAGCCGACCGUUCCAAAUGUGUUUGGGACACAAAAUAACAUUCUGAAAGUACCGGAUAUCCCAGAAAUGGACAACAAGACUGAAGAGACAAAACCCACGGACGAAACCAUACUGAAGCAAACGCCAUGCGUAGAGGGAGCAGAAGAAACAACCUACACUGUCAGACCGCAGACAGAAGAUACGAUAGAAGACAAGCCCAUAACCGAAGCGCUAUUUGUGGAACGGAACAUGAAUGACAGCGAUUUGACAAAAGCUCCAACGUCAGAGGAAACAUCAGGGGAAGUUGGACCAGUCACUGUUAUCAAGGAAGACGAAACAGCUUCUACAGGAAAGGAAACAACAGAACAGGAUCAGGAGACGAAAGAACAGGUCAUAGACUUUCUGGAAACCUUAGCUGACAAGAUUUCUACCGAAAUAUGUCAAUCAGUGGAAGGAGUUAUGAAGACUAUCCAAGAGGUUAAUGAAAAGGCAGAAGACAGAGUUUACUCUUCUUCUCCAUCCGAAGACAGUAAGACAGCAGAGGAAGUUGUCUUAGACACCAGUAAGAAGACAGAAGUCACCACCGAAACAACAACAGAAGGUGAUACUGCUAAGAAGACUGCCACAGACAUUGUUGGCGUGGUAAAAAGAAACCAACAAGCAGAGAAAAUGGUAGAAGAGACCAGUACUGACUUUGCGGAAGACACUGCUGCCGAGGAUGCCAUCGAUACAUUAUCUUCGGAAGAAAUACUUAAGAAUAAUCUCCAAGCCAUUGCUGAGAAGUCCGAAGACAGCCUCUACUGUCUUAAUCAGCCAGAAGAACCGACUGGAGCAGUUGCUAAGGAGGUUGAGGCAUUUGAGGAAGUUCUCCCAGAUGAAAAUCCAGAAGGAAUACCCACCAACGCAGCGCCGUCUGAUGAAAUAGACGUGGUUGCUGACCUCUAUGAAGGAGAGAAGCCAGAAAAGAAAACCUCCACAGAAGUUACAGCUGAUGAGACCUCCACGAAUACACCCAACAAGACACAAGAUGCAUCUUACAUCGACUUAUUAGUCCCAAACGAGACAGUCCAGAUAACAAACAAGCUGCAGAAGACAAAGGAUACUGAUGCUACUGAAGCAUCACCAGCAGAGAAGACACCAAACUCCUCGUCGGACGAUAAAGGUACAACUGUAGAACAACUAGGCGAAAUGAUAGAGAAUAUAACACCAGAUGACUUUACGUACAAUGCAGAACCACCCUCUGAGUCUGAAGAGCCAGCUGUAGACGAGAUGUUGGAUACGACUGAGAUUCGAUCACCACUACCAGAAAUACGAGAGGAAGAGUCAGAAGAUGAAGCUGACAUUGGAAAAUCAAGUGGUCGAAGAAGAGUGAAGAUAACAUUGCAUGACUGCAGUCACAUCAAGCUGCUGUGGCAGGGAGAGGCCGGCGGUGAUGUCUUUCUGCAGGGGUCAUGGGAUGGAUGGACACAGUCUCACAAACUGACGAAGGGAGACUACAGUGUGACCCUGAAGCUGCCCGUCGGUCUACACGAGUAUAAGUUCCGAAUAGGAAACAGCUGGUUUCACGAUAAAGCGAAGACGACUGUUCUCAACUGUUGGAACACACCAAACAACGUCAUCAACGUAACCUGA